AUGCACUAUCUCUUCUCGAUAGUUUUUGAAAACUCGCUCAUCUUUCCGCCCAUAACGAGACCCCGUCGAAUACUCGAAUGCGGGUUCGGUACCGGAGACUGGGCAAUCGAAGUUGCACAGCAACACCCGAGCUGCGAGGUGGUGGGCAUCGACAUUUGCCCGCACAUUUGGCCCGACGAAGCGCAAACGCCGCCAAAUCUGAACCUUCAAGUCGAUGAUCUGAAUGGAAGGUUCACCUUCCCAUCCAACCACUUCGACCUGGUCCACAGCCAGAUGAUGGCCGGAGGGAUUCAUUCGAAUCGAUGGAGGGAUUAUCUGCGCGACAUUCAUCGCGUGCUUCGGCCCGGCGGCUGGGUCCAAACGGUGGAAAUAUACUUCAACGCGCAGUCGGAUAACGGUACACUGACACAGAAUCACGCACUUCGAAGGUGGUCGAGACGAUACCUGGACAGCAUGCAACCGUACAAAGACCCCCGAGCUCCCUUGCAGAUGCAGAGCUGGAUGCAGAGUGCAGGCUUCGACUCGGUGGAGACGCAAAUGAUCCCGCUCCCGACCUGCGGAUGGUCCAACGGUACGGAAUCGCCAGACACGAGGUUGCAGAUUAUCGAUGCUAACCAGAGAUGCAAGAUCCACGGCAACAUCAGAUCGGCUUGGCAAACAGAGAGAACGACACUAUCCAAUGACGGAGUUCCGGGGGUAAGUUUCGAGCAGCCGCCACAAGCAAGCGUUCGGGAAAAGCAGCUGACCGCUUUGCUAUACAGCAUGACGUCCCAAGAGUUCCAAGUUCUGGUCGCACAGGCCAGAAGCGAGGCUGACAAUCCGGAGUUCAGGGGCGCAAGCGUCGUUGAGGCGAAUCAUUUUUUGGCGAAUCGGUUUAUUGCAGAUCCAGGGGAGCCUUGA